CUUUUUUCUUUGUUUACAGUUAUGUCAAAGCGGAGGCCACCAUGCUGAAUAUGGACACACAGCACUAGAGAGCUCUUCUUCCUUCUCAAAAGCCUUGAUUAUCUGGUGUCUCCUUUCCAGUUGUUGCUUCUCAAUCAAGUCUGUUUACUUCAUCAGAAAUGAGCUUUACAAUCUCAAGAAAAAAUAUGUCCCAGAAACUGAGUUUCCUGUUGCUGGUGUUCGGACUCAUCUGGGGGCUGAUGUUACUUCACUAUACUUUUCAACAGCCAAGACACCAGAGCAGCGUCAAGUUACGGGAGCAAAUCCUAGAUUUAAGCAAGAGAUACGUGAAAGCCCUGGCAGAGGAGAGCAAGAGCAUGGUGGAUGUAGACAGUGGGGCAUCCAUGGCCGGCUACGGUAAGAACCGAGCGGAUCUGAAGAGAACGAUUGCAGUCCUCUUAGAUGACAUUUUGCAACGCUUGGUGAAACUGGAGAACAAGGUCGACUAUAUUGUUGUGAAUGGUUCAGCAACCAAUACGACCAAUGGCACCAGUGGGAACUUGGUGCCGGUAACCACCAACAAAAGGACGAGUGCAUCGGGCAGUGUCAGAUAGCAGUGAAGGCCACCUUGCAGGGCUACACCACUGUGGAAUCCAUCCAUCGCAGGACACCUCUUAAACUGCUGCCUAGGACAGAGUCAUACUUGACCAUAGAAGCCCUCCACAUUGCCAAGGAGCUCGCUGGAUUCAUAGGAUGCUAAUUCUGUAUAUAAACUUGCAGGCGUUAUUAGUUUGCUUUCACACAAAGCUCUUCAGUGCUGUUCUGUAUGCUGAAUGGGAGUUUGUAAGACAUUGGAUGUGGUAAGCCGGGAGGCCAUCUUUGUAGACAUGUUUAGUAUUCGAGAUCAAGAGAAAACAAAAACACUAGAAAGACAUUGGGUCCUUUCUAUAAAAUAUUUAUUUAAGUGUAUAACAUGGUUUUCAGGUAAGUGGACAAUAAUGUUACUGAGUCAUUCUGUCAUCUGCCCUCAUGAUAUCCCUGUGAGUAGAAAACAUGCUUAGUUUCAGUACUAUAUUUUGUUACUCAGAAUAUGAGCAGGAAAAGGAAGUGUCAUGCUGAAAAUCAUGUUUUGAAAUAGACCCAAAGAAUGUUUUCAUUUGCACUAUCCUUCAAAAUAACUGAAGGUUAAUUGUAUAUUUUUAAAACUAGCAUUUGUAAGAGUAUACUUUUGAAAUGGGUAGCAGCCACUGUCCAUAGCCUGACCAUUGGGGACUACUUAAUAGAAAGGAGAGUAGUCUCUAAUCUCCUGCUUAAAAAUUUCUUACAUAUAUUCUGCAUAAUAAUACAUAUUUUUAUGAUGAGAUGAAAAAUAAAAUGCGUGAUUUUUCACAAUCAUGAUUGUUGAUUUGAAAGUAAAUUCCAGUGUCAUAAGCUUGUAGACAUGGAUACUCAGGAGGCCAAGGCCUGCAAGUUCACUGCCAGCCUGGGCAACAGAGCAGACGCUAUCUAAAAAAAAGGAAAAGGAAAAUAUUUAGCUCAUUGACUGUUUCUGCUAUCAUUAUUUCCAUGUUUUGGUAAAUGUUGCUUUGGUUAUGAUGGUGGAGGAAGGAAGGGACUUGAGGGCAUUAGCCAGAUGUAUAUAAUAAAUGUAUUUGUGCUGCACAAAACUGCUUGGAAAAUGUUAAUGUUAGUUGGUGUUAUGUAAGAGUAUCUGGUGUUAGGAGAUCUCCAAUUAGCUACUCAUUUUACAUAAAUGACCACUUUACAAAAUUAAGAACAUUAAAAUAUAAAUUAUGAGGAUGAUUAUCUUUUUAGGGAAACAGCUACUAUAUACAGCACAAGAAAUCUUAACUUGGUUGAUUCCAGUAUAGAUCAAAACACGUCUUUAUUUAAAUAUAUUUUGUAGCAAAUCCAAUUGCUAUAUAGUAUUCUAUAUUUCGUAGUAUUUAUUCUAUAUAAUGGCUGCUGAUGUGGAGCUAGCCUCUAGAUUUAGACUAAAUUGAACUUAGUUUUCGAUAUUGUUCAUUAUUAUAACAUGCCACCACAAACAGUAACAGUGAUUAAAUAUUUUGUUAAAAUAAGUAUAAGAAUAUAUUGUUUCAUGAAAGAUAGCUUUCUGAAAUGUCUUCCCUGUACUUUAUGUGAAGAAAUUUUGUUUCAUUGCUAGGUGAAGUCUGAAGCACUUGUUAAGUCUCAGAGGAGUUGUGAACAUUUCUGGUUUUGUCAUUGUUUUCAGGGAUGAAAUAAAAUAUAUUGUUUGUAUUUAUAA